GUCUUGUCAGUUUCGUUUUCGUCUCCGGCCGAUUUGCUUCGAAGGUGAUUUUUCGUGCGUGCGGGAGGUUGAAGAUGAGGUGCUAAACUGUGUUAAGUAAUUUAAAGUUCUGCGAUUCGGUGAAAUUAUAGUUUCGAGUGAAUUAAAGUUACGCAAUAAUUAAUGCUGCAUAGCGUUGGUAUACGUGGAAAACCUAUCUGCUGUGGCAUAUGAUUUUUUCGACGCUGGAAAGGAGUUAAAACCCGCAAUGGCCCUUCUGGGAGCUCAAUUGGUCAUCACCCUGAUUAUGGUCAGCGUGAUCCAGAAGCUGAGUCCACACUUCUCGCUGGCCAAAUGGAUUCUAUGUUCUACAGGACUUUCGAGGUAUUUGCACCCAACGGAUGACGAACUGCGGAAACUGUCCGGUGUUCCCCGGGAGAAGGCCAAGUCCAAAAAGGACAAACAACGGAACGGGCAUGUCGACCAGGGUAAAUCCUCGACGUUUCACAUUCCGAGAAGUUUGGACAUCCAGCUGGAGACCGUGGGAAUUUCGCCGUAUGAUAUCGUCCAUUUGAGGUACUACACCGAGUACCAGUGGCUGGUGGAUUUCAGCUUGUACGCUUCGAUUGUCUACGUUGUCUCCGAGGUGUACCAGUUCUUUUUCCCGCUCAAGGAAGAAUUCAAUCUCAGCAUGUUGUGGUGCCUGCUUGUUGUGUUCUUUGCAUUUAAACUUCUAGCAUCUCUCACGGUUCAGUACUUCCAAAGCGAGGAAUCGAUUGGCGAGCGAUCCACAUGUAUCGUAACCGGUCUCAUAUAUUUGCUGAUUGCGAUGGUGAUUCUGAUCGUACCUGAGACAACUCUGGAAGUGGGACUAGAUCGUGCCUAUCGAAGCUUCAACGAGAGUGCAUCUGCGUUUUUGGAAACUCAAGGAUUGAACUCAUCAGGACCAGCAUCCAAAAUCGUGGUGAAAUUUUUCAUUGCUGUCAGCUGUGGCAUCCUUGGAGCUCUGUUCACCUUCCCUGGACUGCGUAUGGCAAGGAUGCAUUGGGAUUCACUCAGAUUUUGCCAAGACCGGAUGUGGUUGAAAUGCCUCCUAAAUCUCAGCUUCGCCAUGCCGUUCCUCCUAGUCCUUUUGUGGGUGAAGCCACUUAGCCGUGAUUACCUCACUGGGCGUGUCUUUGCAGGAAUGUCAGCCCCACUGCUUUCUUCGGAAGCAUUCGAAACCAUUCGGUUGGGAGCAGUUGUCUUCGCAGUGGUGUUACGAUUUCUGUUGAUGCCCAUCUACUUGCAAGCAUAUCUCAAUCUGGCCUACGAUCGAGUUGAGGAUCAAAAGAAGGAAGCCGGACGCAUCACGAACGUUGAUUUGCAGAAGAAGAUUAGUUCCAUAUUCUACUAUCUGUGCGUCGUUACCUUGCAGUAUGUCGCACCGAUCUUGAUGUGCUUGUUCUUUGCGUUGAUGUACAAAACGCUUGGCGAUUACACGUGGACCGGAUUCCUGCAGGAAGCGUUGCCUCUGAACGAAUGUCCUGCCGAUUUGGACACGCAGCGUGCAAUGGAUGCCGCGAUGGCAUCUGCUUCGUCCACUCAGGACACUGCUGCUUCAGCAGACGAUGGCAAUAUUAUGUCCACGGCACAAUCAAUUCAGCUCUCGUUGCAAAGCCUCAAAUCAGUGUUCACCAAAGACGUAUACCGGGGGUUAUUCGGCUUCGCUACGUGGUGGAGUUGUUUCAUUUGGUUUGCGGCCAGCUCGCUCGGAAUGGUCUACCAGUCAUAUUUCACAAAGUCGUAGAAACAAUUUCGUCUGAUUUUACGUCACGUCCACAAUGUUUUAAAGUUAGGAAGUUAUGUAUCGCAUUUAAGUUAUAAAAUGUGCAUUUUCAUGUUCAUCGAAGAAAUUUCAAAUCCAAUCGGCACAAGGAUAAUUGUAAGUCAAACUGAUCGAGUCAUGUUUCUAGCUUAUUAACUAGUUUGUAAAAUAAAUGAUCCCAUCGUUUGUGUGUAAAAGGCUUUGAACGAAGUAGUUUAGUCAUAACGAACAGCCGCAUAUUAUUGUAUCGUUUUGGGUUUACACUUUGAUUGCGCUUAUUUAUUCA